UGAGGUCAUUAGGUGACCGGUGUCCAGUUUGUGUUGGGCGGCAGACAGCAAAACCACUCACUGCUGUUUGGAAAAGAGCCAUAAAAUCAGUCGACAAACCCAAAGAGAGAGAGACAGAGAGAGAGAAAGCAAUGUUGCAUCAUACUGAAAAUGUCAUUUAACUGACUCAAUCUUGACCGCAUGGGAGGCUGAGAAGUUUUGUUGAAAACUCAAUGUAUCUGAAAACUGCCCGAACAAAAGCCGGCGAGUCGAAAGGACGAGCGUUUGAGAGAAAGAGUCUCGGGUUCAAUCGGGGGAGGGAGGCCGUGAGCGUUUGAUGCAGGCCAGCCACAAGAAGAAGGAAUGCGUCUGCCGGAGAAUGAGAGAAAGCGAGGGAACGCAAAGGAGGAGACCGGGUGGAAAGUGGGAGGGAGUAGAGAAGCGUGUGUGUAAAGCAUGCGUGUGUGUGUGUGUGUGCGGCAUGGCUGUUGAAUGAGUGGGCCUUGUGUAGCCUCAUGUCAGAGCAGUGUGUGUCUGAGGGUGCGUUUGCACGUGUUUGCCGGAGACCAGCGGUAUUUCUCAAACCCAGCACAGGCCACCUUUGUACCGAGCUUUCUCCUGAGCGAAGAGAGGGAUGACAGUGCGGAGAGCUCUCUGCUUUCUCUCUCUGGGUUUGGUUCUGGUGGUCCCUCAGCAGGGAGAUGCCCACCCACAGUGCCUGGACUACAAGCCUCCGUUCCAGCCUCCGGAGCCCCUGCUCUUCUGCAAGGAGUACGCCAAAUUUGGAUGCUGUGACUUGGACAGGGAUAACCAAAUCUCCCAGCGCUUCUAUCAGAUCAUGGACUACUUCGAUCACACUGGAUUCAUGGCCUGUGGGAAGUUCAUCCGCAGCAUUCUGUGCCAGGAGUGCUCUCCGUACGCAGCGCAUCUUUACGAUGCGGAAGACGCAAACACCCCGAUGCGACAGCUUCCGGGCCUCUGCGGGAACUACUGCGAGGACUUCUGGCUCCACUGCCGCUACACGCUCAGCCUUCUGAUCAACAACAACGAGACGUACGCUAUCGAAGAAGACCGGAGCAAGUUCUGCAAAUAUCUGGAGCUGAAAGACCCCGAGUACUGCUACCCAAACGUCCUCUCCAACGCCGAGCUCAACGCUAACCUGGGAGACGUGAAGGCCGAUCCGCAGGGAUGCAUUCAGCUGUGUCUGGAAGAAGCGGCCAAUGGGCUUCGCAAUCCGGUGGCGAUGGUGCACGCUAACGACGGCACGCACCGCUUCUUCGUGGCGGAGCAGCUGGGAUACGUGUGGACUUACCUGGCCAACGGUUCUCGGAUCGACCGGCCCUUCCUCAACCUGACCAGGGCGGUGCUGACCUCACCUUGGGCCGGAGACGAGCGAGGGUUUCUCUGCAUCGCCCUGCACCCUCGAUUCACCAAGGUGAAAAAGGCCUACGUUUACUACUCGGUGUCUGUGAAGAAGCAGGAGAAGAUUCGCAUCAGUGAGUUUCUUGUGUCUGAUUCGGAUAUGAAUAUGCUGGAUCACUCGUCAGAGAGGACACUUCUAGAAGUUGAUGAGCCUGCAUCAAACCACAACGGAGGUCAGCUGCUGUUUGGAUUGGAUGGAUAUCUGUACAUCUUCAUAGGAGACGGCGGCAGAGCAGGAGACCCGUUUGGAAAGUUUGGGAAUUCUCAAAACAAGUCCGCUCUUCUAGGCAAGGUCCUGCGAAUCGACGUAGACAACAAUGACUACGGCGCCCCCUACAGCAUCCCACCGGAUAAUCCUUUCGUGGGAGAGACGGAUGCUCGGCCAGAGAUCUACGCCUAUGGUGUGAGGAACAUGUGGAGGUGCUCGGUCGACCGGGGCGACGCGCUCGGCGCUCAGGGACGAGGCAGGAUGCUCUGCGGAGACGUCGGGCAGAAUAAAUACGAGGAGGUGGAUCUCAUCGAAAAAGGAGGGAACUACGGAUGGAGGGCAAAGGAGGGCUUCUCCUGUUAUGACAAGAAACUCUGCAGCAACUCAUCACUCAACGAUAUCCUUCCGAUUUUUGCUUACCCACAUAAAAUCGGAAAGUCGGUCACCGGCGGCUACGUCUACAGAGGCUGCCAGAUGCCCAAUCUCAACGGCCUCUACAUCUUUGGGGAUUUUAUGAGUGGGCGGCUGAUGUCUCUGAAGGAGAACCCCGAGAGCGGAAAGUGGAGCUAUAAGGAGAUCUGCAUGGGCGCCGACAAGACGUGCAGUUUCCCUAAACUGAUAAACAGCUACUACAAGUACAUCAUAUCGUUCGGUGAAGAUGAGGCAGGUGAGCUGUACUUUCUUGCGACCGGAGCGGCCAGCGCCACCGCCAGGGCAGGAGUCGUCUAUAAGAUAGUGGACCCCUCCAGGAGGGCUCCUCCGGGAAAAUGCAACUUCAAGCCCAAUCCGGUCACCGUAAAGGGCAAACUGAUUCAUUUCAGUCCUAAAGAAGAAUACGUAAUAAACAAAAAACCCUCAACGACCGCCAUUCCCAAACCAAAACCCACCAAAGCCAGCGCGACGCCUCGACCGCGAGCACCACAGACCACCGUCCGGCCGUCUACAGCGCAGCCGCUCCGAGCGACCCCGCGGCCCCGACCUCCGUCCCUGACCACCCCCAGACCGGCCUACUGGACCACGCCGGCCAAAACCACCGGCCGCCCGGGCAAACGAGGCCGAGGCAAGCCCAGGAGGAAAGGGGAGAGGAGAGGCCGCCCUCGGGCCGGGACGGCGAGGCUGGUCAGCGCGGACGGACGCAGGGACCGCGGCCGAGUGGAGGUCUUCGCUCGGGGCGAAUGGGGCACGGUGUGCGACGACCUGUUCAACAUACAGGCCGCGGCGGUGGUCUGCAGGCAGAUGGGGUUUCCCGUGGCUCUGAGGGUGGCCAAGAGGGCCGAGCUCGGGCCGGGAGGCGUCGGCGUCCGAAUCCUGCUGGACGACGUGGAGUGCGACGGAAACGAACGAACUCUGCUGCACUGCAAACACCCCAAGCUGGGCAAAAACAACUGCUCUCACGACGAGGACGUAGGGGUGGUCUGUGGCCAUUACGAGCGUGCAGCGGAGUGAGCGAGUGCGUACAGACCAGUGCUGUCAACAUCCAAAAGAACAGCUUUCGCUUGCGUGCUGUGUGUGUAUUCGUUAUGCAUAUGCAAAUGCCAGAAAUAUAUUUAUUGUUAAUAUAAAUGGCACGGAUAUUGAUCACAGACAAAGACUUUUAUUUUGGAUGUAAUUAAUCGCGAUUAGUCAUCUGACGGCACCAAAAAUACAUCUCACAGACAAAAAAAACCCCACUAUAAAAUUAUUAAGAACUGGAAAUAUCCCUAUUUUUUUUUUUCAUGUAGAAAAAUUAAAUAUCAGAGUGGACUUUAUAGUUAACAGGAGGAUUUACAAGAAAAACCCUGUUCACACCAAGAAUGAUAACUAUAUUAUAAAGAAUAUU